AUUUCUAUUCGAUGAACCAUUCGCCGAUGCACAUUGUCGCGAACGGUGACAGCGCCUUGCAAAUGAGACGCAACAAAUAAUCCUUCGACGAGGAGUAUGGUACAGAUGUAUAUUACAAACACAGCAAACCGCCAUAUAGAGAUCGCAAACCGCCGUAUAGAGAUCGCGGCCGCCUCUUUCCAUUCUACUUUAUCUCCCUCCAUGGCUCAUCUCCCGCGAGGGAUAAAAUAAGAAACAUCCCCGAAAGAGCAUAGCGGAUAGGCGUUGGUGUUGUUUGCGUCCCUCUCUACGCGGUGGCUCCGCCCAUGUAAAGUUGGAAACAGAACCUACGUCUCUCGGGGUCUCUCUUCUUCCUCUCUGGAAGUCUCCAUUCCAGAGAUUUGAGGAAGCCCAUCGCCAGAUUCUCCAUGGAAGAGGCACAAGUGGUGGAGUCCAAAAAUGGGACCAUCUCUGUGGCUUCUGCAUUUGCUGGUCAUCAUGAAGCUGUUCAAGACAGAGAUCACAAAUUCUUAUCAAAAGCAGUGGAAGAAGCAUAUCAUGGGGUUGAUUGUGGUGAUGGAGGCCCUUUUGGUGCAGUUGUAGUUCAUAAUGAUGAAAUAGUUGUCAGCUGUCAUAACAUGGUUUUGAAAAACACAGAUCCAACUGCUCAUGCCGAGCUGACUGCAAUAAGGGAGGCUUGUAAGAAACUUGGGAAAAUUGAACUCUCUGAUUGCGAAAUAUAUGCAUCCUGUGAACCUUGCCCAAUGUGCUUUGGUGCAAUUCAUCUUUCCAGGAUUAAGAGGCUGGUUUAUGGAGCCCAGGCAGAGGCUGCAAUAGCUAUUGGCUUUGAUGAUUUCAUUGCUGAUGCAUUGAGAGGCACUGGAUUCUACCAGAAGGCCCACUUGGAGAUCAAAAGAGCUGAUGGUAAUGAAGCCGUUAUUGCAGAACAGGUUUUUGAGAAGACCAAGGAGAAGUUCCAGAUGUACUGAACGCCUUGAAAGGUUAGUAAGUAUGGAACCUGCUGAAUGUCUCCUGAAUCUUGGAGCAUGAAACGAAGUCUGGGACAAACUUUCAUUGGGUUUGGUACUUAAAAGUGCUCCUGGAGAUUAAUAAGUGUUUCAAUAUGCAUGUCAUUUUUCAUGCUAAAAGACGUAUUUUAAGUACUGACCCAUUAUUCUUCUGUGUGAUCUGUGGGAUGCAAAAACAAAUAGU